AUGUCAGAUUACAUUCCAAAUCAUUUGCUUGCAAAUGUACUUUUGAGGUUACCAUUUGAUUCUCUGCUACAAUCUAGGCGCGUUUCAAAAUCAUGGCGUGCUUUAAUUGAUAGCUCAGAUUUCAUCAAAAUACAUCUCAAUAAAGCCAACCAAGAAGCAAAUUCCCCCAGUGGGAUCAAAAUAAUUGGCCUAAACCAGAACAACUUUUACACUUUGGUUUUGGAUCUUGAAGCUGAUAGCUCCAGUAUUACCGCAAGUGCCAAACAGCUCAACGGCCCUUCGGAUUACUCUGGAAGUGAAGUUUGUUUGAAAGGCUCUUGCAAUGGACUUCUUUGUCUGAUGUAUCCAGACACAGACAAAAUUAUUUUGUGGAACCCAUGGAUUCAAAAGUCUUGGGAAUUACCCUCUUUCCCAAUUGAAUAUCACACCCGUGGUAGUGCUAUUUUUCAUCUUGGAUUCGGGUAUGACCGUGUGGAUGAUGAGUACAAAGUUUUGAAUAGGACUAGUUUUCAGAUCUAUGUGAUAGAGAUCAAUCGAGUUGGUGGAGGAUUUGGUGCUGAUAUCUGGGUGAUGGAAGAUUAUGAAGUGGACAAAUCUUGGACCAAGUUAACUUCAGUUACAAUGCCUGGUUGGACAUUUUGGAGCUUGACGCCUCUAGCUUUAUCAAAGAACAAUAGGCAAUUACUUUUGCAGAUUGAUGGAGUAAAGCUUGUUCUUCAUGAUCUUGAAACAAAACGUAUUAGUGAUUUAGCCACUAGAGGUGAUGUAAGUUUUGUUCAAUCAUCAUGUACAUGUAUUGGAAGCCUUGUUACGCCUUUUGGAACAGAUUAG